CAUCAAAGUAACUGAACAUACUUGUGCUUUACUCAAAAUAAUAGUAAUUCGGUUAAAUAGAAUAUCAAAAGUAAUACCCACUUUUAAUAAUCAAUCGAUGUAUUACACUGAUAGUGAAGUUUGUGCCCAUAUAAUAGAUAUUGUUAAAUUUCACAAAUAUAUCAUAAAGAAAAUAAUAACGAUUGAUAAAGUUUUCAAUGUGCCUUGGGGUUUUGUCAUAUAUCAAAAUUUAUCCUGCAUGGGAUACGGGAUGUUGAUCAUUUCCAAUUUAGACAAUUUAGUCGAUUAUGUUAGGUAUGCAAGCGCAGUAUUAUUAUUCCUUAUAUACUUUUAUAAUAUAUUCACUCGAGGACAAAAUAUCAUUGAUCACAGUACGGCGAUCGCUGACGCAUGUUUUCAUUGCAAUUGGUAUGGCUUAUCCAAAAGGGCAAUGAAGUUGCUGCUUAUAAUCAUGAUGAGAAGUAACAAAAAAUGUAAAUUAAGUGCCGCAGGAGCUCUUGAGCUUAGCUGUGAAACUUUUCUCCUGAUGUUUGUCAAGGGUGUUUUUUACUACUUAUUUAUUGCCCGACAAUUUUAUAAGUAAAUGUACUGUUGCAGUAAAUUAAUCAAUAAUUUUGACUCUCUUUCUUCAGUCACGCUACGAGUUCCGACUCUAUUUUAUUUUAUUUCUCAAUCAAAAAUAACAAACAAUAAAGUGUCCCGUUCUUUUAUUUUGAAUAUUGCAGGUGUUGAAUCCAAUA